AUGACGGGACGCGAAUCGCAUCGCAUCAAGGAUGCGGAGAAGAAACGUGUCCUGGAUGAAGCGGCAAGACAGCGACGCGUACGCAAAGCUCUGGAGGCGCUGGAGCAAGAUAACUUUCAGGACGAUCCGCACGCCGAUCUGGUCAUGUCCAAAAAGUUACCCAAGUUCCAGGACAGCAUCAAAAGUGGCAAAGAGAAGAAGGGCAAGCGCAAGGGCGCCGAGUACUUUCGUGCCAAAUACCGCAAGAACUUCCAACAACUGCUCGAGGAGGACAAACAGAAGCCCAACUAUGAGACUGCAGCCGCACCGCCGCCCAAAAAACCAGUGCGUCAUUUCUGUGCCGUCUGUGGCAACUUUUCGCAAUAUUCCUGCACCGCAUGCGGCACACGCUAUUGCCGUGUCCGCUGCCUGCGUACACAUCAGGACACUCGUUGUCUGAAGUGGACCGCCUGAAUUUGGUUGUAGAGCUACUCAUAUCCCAUAAAAAACUUUUUUUGUGUUGUAAUCAUGCAAUUAAACGAAAAUAUAAACAAGUGCUAUCCGUAAGAUA